AUGGGCCGGCUCGUGUGUCUCGUGUGUCUGUGUCUGAUCGCGCUCAGGGCCCUGGCCGAUCAGCGGCCGCUCUGUGACACCCUCUGCAAAGGCCUCCGCUUUCCAGGCCGCCUAGGUGGAUGUAAUUGCCACUUCGUCCUCUUCAACAAGAGGGAUCUAAGCAGAUCGAUUGAAACAGGUGUCGAAACUAUGAGGCAACUGAGGCAUAAACUAUUCAGGCAAGUGGAGUCUGGAGACAGCUUAGAAAAUGAAACUGAAGACGAGUAUUUGCAAGAAAAACCUCGAAGACAUUCAUUUCCAGGAAGAAUUUCGACAUCGUCUUUGGAAAGAAAAUUAUGGACGCUGGAAGCAUCAUUGUAAAAGAGUCCCAUUUUGAAGAAUGGAAUCGUGUUAAUUUAUUAUUUCGUCUAUUAUUUAUGAACAAAGAGUGAUUUUUAUUCUUGUCCUUUUGUUUAUUCUAAUGCAUUUUUCUGUAAAUAAAAUC